AUGUCGCAAAACUUUGUCUCAGAUCAAUCUUUCUGCGCCGGAUUAAUCUCAGAGCCUCCGGACCUUGAAAUGUCAGCCCCACUCAGUGAAUCGAGUGAUGCAGAACCUGGCUAUGACAAACCACGCAAAAAAAGACGUCUGAACCCAGAGUUAUGGGAUUAUUCUCGCAGUCCAAAAGGUUCUGAACAGCUGAGAGAUAAACACUAUCAUGAGAUAUAUUACUGCAAACUUUGCGAGGCCAACCGUGGCUCGCCCAACGCCCAGCGAUUUAGAGAACACCUAGCAAGGAAGCAUCAUGUGUACGUGGGCAAGACAUCGGACAGCCGCCAGAAGAUCUCCUUUGCAAGUGCGAUCAAAAACAUCUUCGCCAAACAAGCCGAAAAGCUGGAAGGAAGAGAUACUGAGCAGGAGAGGCAGCUUCAAAGUGCCAUUCAGCAGAGUCAGCUCGAGGAGGCUUGCGUGAGGCUCAUCACGAGUAUCAUUAAGUUGACUCGAAAGUCUGUCCCAAAACUCAUCGAAGCUACAUUUCUCCACCACCUCGAACAGCUGAAGAAGAAGCUUGGGAAAGCGCUCUCUUGGAUCCAUUUUUCGAUAGAUAUGUGGACUUCUCCUUCAAAAACAGGAUACCAGGCAAUUGUUGCCCAUUGGGCAGACGAAGAAACUAGGCAGGCGGAAUGCGCUCUCAUCUCACUGCGGGAGUUUAAGGGAGGGCAUGGUGGCGAGGAGCAGGCGCGCGUGUUCCUCGAGGUCAUUGACGAGUAUAAACUUAGCAAUCGAAUCGGCUUCUUCACAAUGGACAACGCUAGCUCGAACGAUAAAAUGCUACGGUAUAUCUCGGAGAGGAUAGCCGACUUCCAUCCCGUUUUGCGCAGGGUACGCUGUAAUGGCCAUAUUAUCAACCUGGCAGUACAAAGCUUUCUCUUCUCGCCAAAGAGGUCAAAGCGAAGCCAAAGCCAGCAUGAGGAGGACGACGCAAUUGAAUUGGCGAUCACGGAGACUCGAGGGCUGUCCGAAGCAGAAAAGCAAAGCAAAAUGAUACAAGAGAAGCUCGCAGAGGAGUGGCGGAAGCACGGCGCGCUAGGCAAGCUUCAUAAUCUUAACGUUUGGUAUCGUGCUUCUACGGCUCGAUAUCAGGAGUUUAUCAGCAAAGUUGGUAGGGCUAUCCCCUUGGACAACGAAACACGCUGGAACUCUUGGGCCAUUGAGGUCGCAGUCGCACUGUCAAAGAGAAAGGAGAUCAAUAGCUGGCAAGAGGACCAUCACAGCGAAUUAGGUGAAGACAGGCUGGAAUUUAAAGACUGGCAGGAGCUUCAGCAAGUCGAUGAGUUUCUCCAGCCAUUUUUGAGCGCCACCAAAGGCACUGAGGGUGAGGAGAGUUCAUUGGAUGAUAUGCUAAUGUCUAUGGACCUUUCAAUUGAGCAUUUCAAGUUACAGAAGGAAAAGCAUAAGAAUAACCCCCAGAUGACGACAGUGAUCGGAAUGGUCUGGUCUGGUCUGGUCAACCCCCCAGACCAGACCAGACCAAGCCACUUUGGUCGGACCGGUUGGUCGGACCGGUCCGACCAACGAGACCAACAAGCUGGAUGA